AUGCCAGCCCUUAUAGCAUUCAUCCAAGAUAACCCUCCAUCACGAUUACAUGAUAGUGGGGUGGAGUUCCCUCCAUUGCCCUCCUUUCCUACUAGAUCUAGUUCUAGUUUCAUUGUCGAACAAAUAGAUUUUGGAUGCAAGGUUCUAGCAAGUGCUCAGCCAUCACAUAUUUUUCCUUGCUAUCCAUCUAACAGUAGGGUGUUGAUAGUAACUGAUGCUGCUACAGAUCUUCAUCUUACUGUUCCUCCAGAAAGUUUGUCGCACACAGAGCCCUUGCCUAAAGACAUAGGAAAUGACAAGGGAAAGGGAGUAUGGAUCUCAGUUACAAGAAAGAAUGGCAGCAAAAGGGAUGUUACUGUUGGAAAGGGUAUAAAUAAUGUUAUCAUAGAGGAAACUAUUAAGGGCAGUGAUAACAUGUUCUUAGCAGUUGGCUUCAAUGGGCAAAAUGAAGGCUAA